AUGCAGUUCCGUCUAGCCCUUUGCCUGCUCCCCCUCGCCGCCCAGGCUGCCCAGGCUGCCCAGGCUGCCCGCAUCGUCUCCUCCAACGAUGACGGCUGGGCCGAGAAGAACCUUCAUACCAUUUACGAUGCCUUGACCAGUUCCGGCCAUGACGUCGUGGUAUCUGCGCCAGCCCAGGACAAGAGCGGAACUGGUUCUUCUGACGAAGCCCCAACCAAGCUCACCAGACCCUGCGAGUUCAACAGCUGCCCUGCCGGCAGCCCUCCCACCGGAUACGACGCUAACAACCCAAGAUUCUUCUAUGUCAACUCGUUCCCCGUCACCUCCAUGAGAUACGGCAUCCAGACCGUUGCACCCAAAUUCUUCAGCAGCCCUCCAGAAUUGGCUGUCGCCGGCCCCAACGUCGGUGCCAACUUGGGUCGAACAGUCCAGAUCUCAGGUACCGUGGGUGCCGCUACCGAAGCUGCCCUCGAGGGCAUUCCUGCCAUUGCGUUCUCCGGCAGCGUUGGCCGUGCCACCCCCUUUUGGGAUGCCACCCCAACCUACAGCCAAGUCUAUGCCCAGCUUUCGGCUCAGAUUGUCGACACGCUGCUCCAGGGCGGCAAGCCAGUUUUGCCCAACGGAAUCUUCCUCAACGUGAACUUCGGUGCCGUGUCCGGUUCGGAGUGCACUCGUGCCAGCGACUUCAGCUUUGUGUUGACCCGUAUCUUGGAUGCGUCUUGGAAUGCCCCGGCCGAUGUGGAAAUUUGCGACAAUGGCGGCCGCCUCCCCACUGAGACUGACGUGGUGAGGAGCGAUGGAUGCUACGUGAGCAUAUCAGUGGCGACGGCGAGGGACAAGAGGGAUGCCAGUGCCUCAGCUCAGCAAUUUGUGCUCAACAAGCUGGCAUCUAUCCUGAGUUGCUAA